GUUUCAUGUAGAAUGAGCUUAACCUCGCGUAAAAAAUGGCGGACGACGAUGUGAAUGGGGAUUCGGAUGAGGUGCAGCAGGAGAAAUCGCAAAAGAAAGCGGCCAAAUAUGACAGCGGCGCGGCGGACCUGGAGAAGGUGACCGACUACGCUGAGGAGAAAGAAAUCUCAUCGUCUGACGGUUUUUCCUGCGCCCUCAGCAUAAUUGGUGACCGGCGCGACAAAGAGGCCGCGGAAAAGAAGGCAAAGGAGAAGGAACUGCUCAAGGUGUCUAUUAAGAAGGAGGAUGUCGAUUUAAUCAUGAGAGAGAUGGAGAUCAGUCGGGUUUUAGCAGAACAGACUCUCAGGGAACACAGAGGGGACAUCGUAGAGGCAUUAAUUACGUUAACUAAUUGAAUUUGUACAGAAAAAAAUUGGACAUUUGUUCAAGGGAUCACCUUUCCAAAUUCCGCUGUAAAAUAUGCUGAAUUCACGAAAGUUCUGAAACUUUCGUUUAUUAAUAUUUAUAGACGUAUAUUACAAUACUUAAGUAAUAUCUAUAUUUUCGUUUUCUCUCUGCCUACUUAUUAAGUAAACGCGCAGCACUAUGAAAUAAACGAAAACAACGGUGAUGUAUUGUAAUAAGUAUAUAAAAAAAUAUAUAUAUAAAUAUAUGCAUUUAUA